GUGAGUUUGCAGUUGAGUGCGCCAGAGCACCGCGGUUGCAUUAUAUAACUUUAACGUACUCACGGGUUUAACGGCGCAAAAAACGGGCGCCGCAAAUUUCACGAUUCAUUACGGACUAAUUCCAAAGAAUUAGCAAGUGACCGAUCGAUCACUUUUUCUUUUUCUUUUUUCCUCCCCUCCUGCCAACGCGCAUUAAAAGUUGUCGACGGAUCCGCGAAACAGCGCACACGGUGGAAGUCGCGAGCGCCAGCAGCGACAUUGUUGAUCUUUUUUAGUUAAAAAAUAUUGCGGAGAAUGUUUUCCGACCGCAAAGGGAGAGACGCGACGACAGUUUCAGCUGUUUCACCACGCAACACCAGCGCAAGAAGCGGGGCUCAUUUCAGACCUUGACUGAGUGGACGUUGCAUUAUUUCUCACAUUUUGUCCCCCAACUUGGAAUAAUAGGAGAUGACCUAACCGGUGGAGUGUUUUUUUGUUUGUUUGUUUGUUUUGUUUUGUUUUAUUUUUUAUUAUUAUUAUAUUUUUUUUUGUAUCACUACAGGAUGAAGAAAUGGAUCAGAGUGGACUAAAGCUCAAUGGUAAUCCAGAUGACAGCCCGACAUUUGGCGAGAAAGGACCUGAAGUAGGCAGAGUUAUAGGUGGCACACCUGGUUUACUACUCCAGACUGCAAUGCAUCUGCCUGGUUCCGGAUCUCUGCCCCAGAGUACGGUGUCCCCGAAUGGACGGGGUGGAAUCAAAGACCAGUGUGAUGCAGGCCUCUUUGAAUCCUCUCAGCGUCAUGUCCCAUGUGAGGUGUCCAAUAUUAAGAAGGAUACAUUGAUCAGAAUGCAGAAACAAGAACAGGAUAGUGAUGUAUUCAGCAUGGGGGACAGCUUGAGUAUUGUUAAUCUUGACCAGAUGUCCACCUCCAUCAUUAACACCUCAGACACCUCCAUCCUGGCCAAUCUCCCAUUGCCUGACCUUUUCCCCCAGCACAUUAAGCAGGAGGGGAUAUUUUCUCUGGGAAAGGACUUGGGAGGUUGCAGUGGACAAACAGGCACCGGUCCAUGUGAUUUGGAUGAAAGCAGCAGUCGUAUAAUUGAUGAUUCAGAGAUUUGGCAAGACCUGGACCUUACAAGUUCUCUACCUGAAAUCAGUGUUUUUGAGUUGAAUUCGGAGGUGGCACAUUUGGAUAACAUUCUACAAGAGAGCAGCAGUAGCGGUGGCAUUCCUGUCACCGGCUUGCUGAAGGAAACAAAGUCUUUCAUUGGCAAUGGAGGGAACUGUACCAGUGUUAAUGGCUCAGAGCAUCAGCUUCAUCCAAUACACCAGCAGCAGCCCCCUCACCCUUUAGCUCAGCACCAGCAACAUCAGCUUCAGCCUCAGCAAACUUCAUCAAUUCUCUCCAGCGUCGUCAUCAAGGAAGAGAAGGAUCCUGACUUCAUCCACAUCCGUACUCCUGGUGUUGUCAAGCAGGAGAAGCAGGACAAUGCUAGUUACUGCCAGUCGCAGUGUCACCAGAGCAGCAUGAGCUCCAUGUCCUCUCCUAUGGGUGUUGGUGCAGGACCUGGCUACCCGUACAGACCCAAUCCACCUUCUACAGUGGGCAUGCAAGACCAGAAGCCCUUUGGCAUGUUCUCAAACCUGCCACCAUUGGGGGAAAGCUGGAUGGGAGGUGGGAAUUUUGGAGAGUUACCUGGUAUACAGAGCGGCAAUGAUGGACUCUCUUCUACCUCGGCUUUGGCAAAUUUUCCCGCCAGCUUCUCCAGCUCAUCAGCCAGAACAGGAGAGACCACUGGAGCUGCCGGGUCGGGCCAGUCCAAGCCCAGUGGGCAGACACACAAGAUCUGUUUAGUGUGCUCGGAUGAGGCUUCGGGAUGUCACUAUGGGGUUGUAACCUGCGGCAGCUGCAAAGUGUUCUUCAAGAGGGCCGUUGAAGGAUGGAGAGCACGACAAAACACAGAUGGUCAGCAUAACUACCUGUGUGCAGGGAGGAAUGACUGCAUCAUUGAUAAGAUCCGCAGGAAGAACUGCCCAGCCUGCCGCUUCAGGAAAUGUCUUCAAGCCGGAAUGAACUUGGAAGCGAGGAAAAACAAGAAGCUGGGCAAGCUUAAAGUGCCUGCUGGGUCAUCAGAGCCCAUUAGCAGCAUGCCUGUUCCACUCAUACCCAGGAGCAUGCCCCAACUUGUGCCCACCAUGCUGUCCGUGCUCAAGGCCAUUGAACCAGAGGUCAUCUACUCAGGCUAUGACAGCACGCUGCCGGACACCUCUACACGGCUUAUGACCACUCUCAAUAGGCUCGGGGGGCAACAGGUCAUUUCUGCAGUCAAGUGGGCCAAGUCGCUGCCAGGCUUCCGUAACCUGCACCUUGAUGACCAGAUGACAUUGCUGCAGUGCUCUUGGCUCUUCCUCAUGUCCUUCAGUCUCGGUUGGAGGUCCUAUGAGCAGUGUAACGGCAACAUGCUCUGCUUCGCUCCCGAUCUCGUCAUCAACAAGGAGCGCAUGAAGCUGCCCUUCAUGAAUGACCAGUGCGAGCAGAUGCUGAAGAUCUGCAAUGAGUUUGUCAGGCUGCAGGUGUCCUAUGACGAGUACCUGUGCAUGAAGGUGCUUUUACUGCUCAGUACAGUUCCGAAAGAAGGCCUGAAGAGCCAGGCGGUUUUUGAUGAGAUCAGGAUGACGUACAUCAAGGAGCUGGGAAAAGCCAUCGUCAAGAGAGAGGAGAAUGCCAGUCAGAACUGGCAGCGUUUCUACCAGCUAACUAAGCUACUGGACUCCAUGCAGGAGAUGGUUGAGGGUCUUCUGCAGAUCUGCUUCUACACUUUUGUGAAUAAAACCCUCAGAGUGGAAUUCCCAGAGAUGCUGGCAGAAAUCAUCACCAACCAGAUACCAAAAUUCAAAGAUGGGAGCGUUAAACCUCUGCUGUUUCAUCAGAAAUGACUGCCUUACACUGUGAAUCAAUGCCUUAAAUCCUGCCCUGCCCGAGAAUUUGCUUAUCCUGCCUCCCUCAUCACUCUGCAGCUCCUCGGCUUUCUCCUAGGCUCCCUUUGGGGAUUCUGCUGCACCCCUCCAGGCCUCAGUCUUUUAGCCUCAGAGCACAAUACCUGUGGCCUCAAAUGUCAUAUUCCAGUCCUUCAGCGGGACGUCCAACCACUGACUCGUAGCCCGUCCUCUCGGCCAACCAGGAAGAAUUUGGCAUCUGAAUGUCUUUUGGAAAAUCUAUUUUUUCAGCCCCUAGCUCAUGGCCCUGACCUCAGAUGUCUAUAAUGUUUUCUAACAGCGUCCAUUAGCUUCUUACUCUUUUCAGCCUACAGAGUUUUAUUGCUGUUUUCACUGGAAAAACCAACACCUACAAACACAAUUUCCUCCCACUGCAUGACAUGCACCAUGGAUGUAGUGAUUGCUCACUUUCUGGGGUUUCCAGUAGACUCCUGGCAGUGAAAACAAAAAAAAUCUGAAACCUUCUUUUUUUUUUUUCCGGACUACAGGACAAUAAGGACAAAUAGUUAUAUAUACCUGACCAAGAGGAAUAUUCUUCAUUUAUUGUAUGCAGACGUGCUUCGCUGACCACACAUGCAGAAGUCACAGAGUAUAAGCAGACACACAUUCACUUGGCCAAAUGUUUACACAGGAUGUAUCAGAGGGAAAACCAGUGCCUUUUAGUUUUUAAGCUCUUCAUAGCCAUCCCCUUGAAACCCAUUGUUUUCUAACGUCAAUAUCAUUCUGCAUAUUUUUUAUCCGUUUUUAGUUUUUCGACUCUGGCAAUUUUUUGUUUUCUUUCCAAGCUGACAUUCUGGUGCUUAUAAUGUGGGAGGAUCUCUCUGUCUUUGUUCUGAUCAGCAAAUGCGUGUGUGUGAUAACAGAAAAUAGUACGGAUAAGAAAGCGUGAGAGCAGUUUAACAUCAUCAGGUCUUGAAAAAGUUCAAUUGGGUAUAAAAGAAGAGUUUUCCCUUUUCCAGCCACGUAACAUACCAUAUUUUAUAAAUACACUUCAUCUCCCAGAUUAUAUAAACAAAUGUCCUUUUCUUUAUCAGUUUUGCAGACGCUGCCACCAGCAUUGUGGUAAAUAAACCACACUGGAAUCUAAACACAGAACUGUGAGGGAGUUAAAUGUUAGAAUUUAGUUAAACUGAAUGAUUUAAAAAAAAAAAAUCAUACAUAUUGGGGGUUUUAUAAUCACAUUGCUUUUGGAUAAACACAAGUAAAAGAAAUCCAGGGUGUCUUUGUUUCAGAAAAUAGCCAUAAUGCUUUAAGUAGACCUGGCAUAAAGUCAGAGCUGCCCUUUUACUGCUAUCUGCGUACAUACCAAGUGAAUUAUUCCCACAACUGGAGUUGAAAAUGCAGUUUUAUGAAGGUUCACUUUGCAUCGCCAGAUUACUUUUCCCCCUUCACCUCAGAAAAUUGCCACACAGGUACAUGAAUGGCCAGUUUGUUUUUUUUAUUUUGGAAUCUAAUAGGAGUACAGUGAUUACGACUCAGAUAAUAUAAUUGCAGCAAGUAUUGGGAAAUUCUUACGAACAAACUCAACCUGAAUUGUGCUGCCAUAAUUAUCCUUCCCACAUAUUUCUCCGGAAAUGAAAAGCAAGAAUGUAACCCAGUGCGGGGAAAAAAGUUCUUAAGAAAAGGUGACCUGGCUGCUCCUUUAGUUCUGGAUAAAGCGAGGGGAAAGAAACACGAAAAAAGCCGGUUAGCUUUUAUCUUUAGGCAUUUAAGAUCAUCGUGACCCAUGAGACUAAGAAUAUGCAUAGUGCCAUUUUACACAGACCUACCCUUUAAUCACUGUCAUCUCACUGUUGGAAGAAUGUGCAGUUUCGCUUAAAUGAUGAUCUAAAUCAAAGCUCAGGCUAUGAGUGAUUAUAUCACUUACGUGCAUCUCACUAGUGCCAAAUAUGACACCAGGCUUUUACCUUUUUUUUCCCCCUGGAGAUAUGAAAAGGGUACUGAUCUAGCUGAGAUUUGGCAUCAUGAUGUUGUUGUAAUUUUGCUUCAGGGUGCUCAAUCUUCAGUGUCACACACCAGCUUAAAAUGGCUGAUUGUUAUCAUCCAAGAAUGAGAUUCUCAAAUAGUUUUUUUUCCUCUCUCUCUCACACACUCACUUAUUAAUUUAAGUAAGCUGUAAUUUCUUCUAAAAUCAAACAAGUGCUGGUCAGCGUUUUAAACAUCUACCAUGUGAAAUAAAAAUCCACACCAGCUUAUUUGAUGGCCAAAGCAAAAAUGCAUCAACAGGUCAGACGUGCAUCAGCACACUUCUACCGGUCUCUCUCCCCAAAAUGCCAACUGUAUGGAUUUUAGCCUCUCUGCUGCACACACAACUCUGAAUGUCAGUUGAGAAACCAGGUAGCAUGUUGCCAUGGAGACCAGUCAUUUGUAUGUUACUGACAGCUAAUGGCACAGCAGGCUCUGGAUGCUACAAGCUGCUACUCAAUUAAGAGUCGUUGCUUUUUAAAAAUUUAGCCAAUUCUGCUAAAAGGGGGGGUGUGUGACUCACACUGGGGUCGUUUUAUGUACAGCGAGAGGGCUUUCGGCUUGAGUCCGCUGACUCGGCAUUGAGGCUUCUCGCAUUGCUGUGUUUUGGUUAUUCUGGGGAAAAAUUAAUCUUAAAAGUUUUUUGGGUGACUUGCAGUAUUACAUUUGUUUCCAGGUGAUGGUGCUUCAGAAAACCAGCUUUAAUGUGUAGAUGCAACCACAUACCUGCUCAUUUCUAAAUAGCUAUAGGUGUAAAUAGCAAUGCUGACAUAUCCAGUCUAAUGUAAACCGUGUCUAUUACUAAAUAUAUUUUACAUCAGCCUCAAUAUUCACAGCUUUUUCUUUAAUCUUUCAGUACAUGCUCAACUAAAGGCCUUGCGAAAGGGAGACAGAGAGCCAUAGAAAAAUAAGAGUUCAAAUCAGGAAAUAGACAAAUAUCAGCGCUUUUGGAGAUUGAUCAAUUGUAAAUUACUAUUUUCUGUGAUUUAAUACAUCAGCUUGAUCCUCUUUGAUAUGACUAAUUUUACUCAAUCAUUUUUGUACAUUGAACGGGUUGAAAAAGAUAAAAAAAAAAAAUUCUCCGUUUGUCUGUGUUUGCUAAAGGUAGACGUGUUGAAUACGUUAGAAAGUGUUUAACAUGUUUGUCUUGUGAAGUAAAUGUUAAUUCUAGGAGUCAGUACAUGAUUGCUCACUGUGUUUUUAAAGAUGUAAGGAAAUUAAGGGGGAGAGGUAAAAAGUUUUUUUCUUCUUUUUUUUUUUUUUGCGUUUUACAAGAGUGACCAAAGCAGAGAAGAAAAUAAAAUAUAAAAAAAAUGAAAAAGUAAUCAGUUACAUUUUGUGUAGCAUCUACUAGCACACUUCUGGGUUUAUUAAUUUUCCUUAUUUUGAUUUUUUUUUCUCUAAAGGUAUUGGCUUUGGAUCUCAUGUUUAUUGUGAGGAUUUACUGGUCACUUUAAAAUAAAAAAAAAUAAAAAUAAAAAUUGAAUCUGCAUGUGAAAGUAAAUUUUCCAGAGCCAGAUGGAAUUGCACUACCCUCACAUUGGUUGACACAGUCUAUUUUGUGUAAAAACAUGCAAGAUUAAGGGCAGAUCAUGAUUCACCGAUAGACCUAGCUAUGGCUUUCACUGAAGUCUGUUUUGUUCGUUUUUCAGUUAUGUAGAUGUAAUCCGAUGUAAUAUAUAUAUAAAUAUAUAUAUAUAUAUAAAAAACUAUUAAAAAAAUGUUUGCUUUAAAAUAAGUUUGUAUUUACACUUCUUCUGUAGUCAGUGUCAAUAUUUUCACCUAUUUGAUUAAAUGUAGAAUUAUCUGUGUUGUUCUUUGACAUUGGAUUUGGCAUUGUGUCGGCGGACUUGUCUGUCAUCACUGGUUCAAAGCUGAAAUUCAGAAGAACUGAUUUCUCUUUAGUUCAAACAUCUUACACAAUAAAGUUUCUUGUUUUCCCAACUCUCA